AUGCUGACCAAGGAGGUCCCUUCCCUGGGGACGCUGGCCGUGGCAUCCAGCCUGGCUGUGGAGCCAACGUCCCCCCCAGUGACUGUGACAAGCCCCACCGUACCCGAGGCUGUGGCCACCGGCAAAACCACCCUCUCCACCGGAGUCACCAUGGAAGAGGUCCCGCGCGCCUUGAGCGCAGGGAGCAUCGGGGCCAUAACCGUGACUGUCAUCAUGGUGGUGGUGCUGGUUUUUGGGGUAGCGGCGUACCUCAAGAUCAGGCACUCCUCCUAUGGCAGGCUUUUGGAUGACCAUGACAGCUCCUGGGGCAACUACAACAACCCUCUCUACGAUGACUCCUAG